UUUCGGCGGACACCUGAACGCGGCUGAGUUGUGAGAUCAGCUGAUUUUUUACGCUGCCAUUUUGUCCGGCAGAGCACUAAGCAGCAGUCAGUCAGUCCGUCCGUCCGUACGGAGAAACCUCUGAGGAGACUUCUCAGACAGCGUCGCCGGACCGUGGAAGGAAAAAACACCCGGUAAUGUGGUUGUAGCAUCCGGAGAACAGCACCAACCGAGCAAGAGGAGCUGUCAUUUCCAACUUACCGGGUCCGCCAGCUCGGCUCGACUCUACCUGGUUUGCUGUCUGCUUGGCUAAUCUCUUUAGCUUUUCAGCUAGCUUCUCACACCUUGAGGAGAGGGAGAACUGCGCUUGUUCGGGCUGUCAGUGUUACAGUAACCUCUUACAAACUUUGAACAAUGCUCUCUUCAAUCCCUUCUUACUUUCCCCACCGCAACGGGCUCCUUACUGGCACUUCAUCCGGCGGACAGUGAUCGCUUCAACAGCAGAGUUAACAAGUUGACGUGGAGGAGGAACUAAAGUUUUUCUCUUUUUUUUUUUUUCUUUUUCCCAGAAGCUUUGAUUUUUCUACGGAUUACUCCUUUUUCUGCCAAGCCGGACGCUGACUUGUCGCUUUUGGUGACUCCAAACCAAGAAUUCAGGUUACAAAGCAGCCUGUUAGCUAUGAUUAUUUGUGGCCAGAAAGUGAUUUCAAGUGUUUUCAGAUUCCACUGUGGGACUCUUUCCUGGUUCGAGUACUGCAACGGAAACAUUAGCUAACACACACUAGCCCAGAAUAGCGUCAUCCUGCUUUAUUUACUUAAUAAUUAAAAGGAAUAAACAUUUUUUUUUUAUUAUUAUUUUUUUAACUCAGAUAACUUAUCUCCAAAGAUUAACUGCUGAUUGUUACGUCAGGUUGUUUUUGGAGCAGCAGUGAUCCGGAACUCGUCUGAAGUUAAAGUUCUGUCCCAUUUGGAGCUGAUCCAUUGAUUGGGUCGUUAUUUUGUCUGAUUGAGCUGAGGGAGAAACAACAGCGAUGUCGGGCCAGUCUAUCACGGAUCGGAUCGCCGCGGCGCAGCACAGCAUGACUGGGUCUGCUAUCAGUAAGGCUGUGUGCAAAGCCACCACACAUGAAGUGAGCGGACCUAAGAAGAAGCACCUGGACUAUCUGAUCCACUGCACCAAUGAGAUGAACGUGAACAUUCCCCAGCUGGCAGACACUCUUUUCGAGCGAACAGCCAACUCAAGCUGGGUGGUGGUCUUCAAAGCCCUCAUUACCACCCACCACCUCAUGAUGUACGGCAACGAGCGUUUCACCCAGUACCUGGCCUCCAGAAACACUUUGUUCAACCUGAACAACUUCCUGGAUAAGGGUGCUCUGCAAGGUUACGAUAUGUCAACCUUUAUCAGACGAUACAGCCGCUACCUGAAUGAAAAGGCCAUGUCCUACAGACUGGUGGCUGUGGAUUUCACCAAGAUGAAGAGAGGUGUUGACGGCGUGAUGCGCACCAUGAACACAGAGAAGCUGAUCAAGACUCUGCCCAUCAUCCAGAACCAGCUAGACGCACUGCUGGACUUCCAGGCCAAUCCUAAUGAGCUGACCAACGGAGUGAUCAACUCAGCCUUCAUGCUUCUCUUCAAAGACUCCAUAAGGCUCUUUGCUGCGUACAAUGAAGGAGUCAUCAACCUGUUGGAGAAAUACUUUGACAUGAAGAAGAACCAGUGUAAAGACGCUCUGGACAUCUACAAGAAAUUUCUUUACAGGAUGACAAAGCUGUCGGAGUUCCUCAAAGUGGCAGAGCAAGUUGGAAUAGAUCAGGGUGACAUCCCAGAUCUCUCACAGGCACCCAGCAGCCUCCUGGAGGCUUUGGAGCAGCACCUGGCCUCUCUAGAGGGCAAGAAGACGAAGGAGUUUAAUGCAGACGCAAGAGCGUCCACCUUGUCGAGUGCCGUCUCAUCUCUGUCCUCCACUGGCAUGUCUUUCAGCCGCAUGGACGAGAAGGAGAAGCAGCAGGCCUUGGAGGAGGAGCAGGCCAGGCUGCAGGCUCUCAAGGACCAGCGUCUGAAGGAGAUCAGCAUGCAGACCCCACCCUCUGCCUCCCCCAGCAGCCAGUCAGUUGGCAGCGGCAGCAACAACAACCACAUCAUACAGACCCCGGAGUUGUUUGGCUCCGUGCUGAAUGCAAACAGCGUGCCCAACCUGAAUACUGACCUGUUUGAUCUUCAGCCGGCCUUCAUCCCUGCUGUGCAGAGCACUCCUUCCAUCUCCAAUGCUAACAGUGCCUGGGGAGGACUGGAGAGCCAGCCACUGCAGCAGACAACCUCCACCAUGACUGUAGAUUUCGAUGCCGUGUUUGGGAAUAAGUCCACACCCAGUAACAACGGCCCACAGCCUGCAGCCGGUUUCGAUGCUCUCGGAGACCUGUUAAAGCCCACAGUCACCGCUCACACCGCACCACCACCUCCUCCUCCUCAAAUGGCCAUCCAUCCUGGAGGAAAGCUGCUAGCCAGUGACCUCGACUUCUCUCUGGCCAACCUUGUGGGCAAUCUGCAGUUUGGUGGAACUGGAGCCAAGAAGCCAGAGAUGCAGUGGAGCCAGCAAGGAGAGAAGAAGCUAACUGGUGGUCAAAACUGGCAAAAUAAGACAAUGUCAACCACACAGUGGAGCCCCGCGCCAAUGGCCCCUCAGCCCAUGCCUGUGCCACAUGUGAAUGGAAUGUUCUAUACUAGUUAUGCUCCGGCGCCAAUGGCUUUCCCCAUGACUACACCACAAGUGCCUGUGUAUGGAAUGGUCCCUCCCCAGAUGGCUCAGAUGGGUGGGGUACCUGUGAUGGCUCCACAGCCCAUGAUGUAUAACCAGCCUGUUCUCAGACCCUCCAACCCUUUCGCACCCAUGCCAGGAGCCCAGAUGCAGUUUAUGUAAUCCAUUCAGGGGGGAAGCUGAGUGCCAAAAGUGACAAACAAACAGCAGAAAAAACUCACGGGAGGACGGAGGGAGGAAUGAUUUGAUCAAGUCAACGGAGAGACACCCAGACAAGAUAACCGACGGACACCAAAACAGGAGACAAGAAGGAGAUGAUGAGGAGUGUUACUGAUGAGGGGAGGCGGGGACUCUGUCCUGGCUGAAACAACUGCUUGCUUGUGUGAGAGUGGAGCUUCUCUGUGUUUAUUGUCUCAUUUGUGUUUUAAAUCGUACAGAUGGAGGGAAAGGAUGGAUGAAUGGAGAAGAGGGGAUGGAGGUAAUCCUGCCUCUGGGUUUCACCCAGGCUGUGCAGUUCAGUAUCUGGAUGCUUUGAGAGCUGCAGAAUUAGCUUUAUUUCAAACUGGUGCUACUUUGUCCUCGCUGAGUUCCUGUCUGCCUGCAACAGCAACUCGGGAGCACUUAUGUGUGUGUGUGUGUGUGUGUGUGCAGCAGUUGUUUUAGGUAAUACAGCCUCCCACCUCCUCUCAAUUCUCUCCCUCAGUCUCUUGUUUUUAGUCAGAGAUGUAGAGGGACAUUUUCUCAAGUCUGUUUCCUGUUAUUUAUUUUCCCAUCUGUAUUUUUUUCCCCCGCUGUUUUCCUCGCCAGCCUCUUUUUAAUGGUAUCAGGGCUUGUACAGCAUUUUGCUGAAGCAUUAAAUGUUAAUCGAGCAUUUCUUGUCAUGGCUUUUAAAGCUUUGCACAUCAAGACGGGGAUCGGUGAAGCGUCGAGACGAAAAGAUUGUCUCAAGGGCUCGUCCCACCAGGGAAACACGGCAAAAUGUAUCCAGAUGUUGCUGAAAUCGUUGACUAUAGCGGCAUCAUGAAAACAGCUGCUGGAAAGCUGCCAGUCAAUGUGCUGUCUUGGAGUUAUUCAAGGGUUUAAGGGUUGGGUUCUUCACGUAAAAUGUCACAUGAGAAAAGUGUCUUGAAACUAAUCUAAUUUGAUCCUAACAUAAUUAAUGAAGCUGUGUAUAUAAGCAAAACUUGAGUGUUUAAGGUUUUCGUUUGUCCUCAUAUGGGCUGUGUACCCAUCUUUGCAAAGUUAAUAUUAGUACAUUCAUCGGAUACUCAGAUUAUGUGUGUGUAUCUCUUUAAGACGAGAGGCAGUGCGUGUUUGUGUUUCCCACAGUGUUUGAUCUGGAUCUGAUAAGUCUACGUGUCCUGAAAUAAAUCCAGCACACUAACGUUGCGCCUCUUCUUAAAGGGAUAUACAUACAGUCAUCUCGUCAAACAGUAAAAGGAUAGUUCAACAUCUUUUAAAGUGAGGGUCAGUUAAGAGGUUUUAAGAAGUUAACAUCUGCUGUAGAUAACUGUCUUGGUGUCUUCCUUUUAAUUUGGAAGCAGAAGCCAACAUGUCGUCUAAAACGUACCAAGUCCAAAGCAAAGUGCUCAUUUUGUGGUAAAGAACUCCAGUUUAAAAAAACCUCUGAGUGGUUUAUGCAAAGGCCAUUUUUUGAACCUUUGCACCAUCAUAAAUCUUCCUGCGUGAAACUUGUACCGAUUAAAGUGGCUUCAAAUUAAAAGUUUUAUAGCAGUGUAAAAAAAUGCUAGUUUAUUGAUUUUCACUCUUUGAUUUACUUUUAUGAGUUACUCUGAUGGGAAAUGCUCUAAAUGUUUCUAGUUGUCCAAUUACCGCCUACAUAUUCAGAAGCUUGUUUGUAACUAACUGCCCGAUGCCAAAAAUGGAAGCGUUCAUAAAAUAGCGUUGGUGUAAGCUGCUCUGAUGUUUGUUUUUUUAAAAUGGAAUAAAUCCACUUUGGUCUGGGCAACUUUUGAACUUGAGCUUUAGUCUUCUGGACCAACUAAUCUGGAUCUAUGCUAAAUGAAGAUGUCAAGAGAGUUAUCUAAAAAAAAAAAACAGCCGCAACAGUUUAUUCAAAGUUUAUGUUAACGUUUUUCAAAGCAGGCUUACCUCUAUACCAGGAAUAAGGAGGAAAUGUGUAUUUUUCUGUCUAAAAGGAAUAUUGUCCAGUUUGUUUUGCCUAAUGGUAGCUGGGUGACCUGUGUGGAUCUGUCCUUAUUUCUAAGACCAGUAGAUGUAGCCCUUUUUAGAGAUCUACAUGAUGUGAUUUAUAACAGCAGUUACUGAAUUGAGUUGACUCCACUUUAAAUUGCACUGAAUCAGAGCGAGAGGCUGGAAGUGUGCCGCUCCACUGACGCGACUGUGGGGUCCGACUACAACUCGUGGAAAACGUUGCGGCCCCUCUUCAGGCAGAACAUCCGUCCUCGUGAGUUGUGGCUGUGUUUGUGCAUAAUGCACCGUGGGCUGUUCUCACAUGUAUGCUUACACGUUUUUGUGUAGGAUUUUUAUUUUUUCUUUUCCAUCGAGGGCUACUUCUGAGGGUCAAAUUUUAAAUCAAACUUAAGCCCACACGUUUGAUACAAAUCUUUUUUUUUCUAAAAUCAAAAUAUUGCAAAAAUGCACAUGCGAAAAAGUUGCACUGAAGUGGCUAUCUCACAGUAGUAGAGCCAUCAAGGUUUCUUUAAGGAUGGUGAUUGGAAGUGUUUUGUAGGGUUUAAAGAACUCUCAGCUAUGGGCUGUUUUGACGAGUACGUUUAUUUCUUCCUGCCACUCUAAAGUUGAACUUGAAGAUUAGUGUAUUCCUAUCAGGGUUCAGCAUUAUAUCCGUGAUAGUCUGGUCUCAAACUCAUCGUCCACUCUGCUGUGAAUCCUCUAGAAUGUCGCCUCGGUUCUUCUAGUCUAGCUGAUCUAGCGCUGCAGCACCUAUUUUUGGCCUGUUUAGUCUGUAUUUAGUCUGUGUAGAUUUGUAAAGUGCUUACAGUUCCCAGUUUCUGUGUAGAUUGUCCCACCUGUCGCUGUGGGUUAGAUGCUGCUCUUUAAAAGCUUCUCGUCAGUCUUGUGUUAGCUUAGCCAAUCUUAUUAUCCCGCUGUAGGUUCUCCCACCGCGUCCUGUCCUCUCUGCUGGUGUCUUCAAAUGAUAGAUCUAUUACCCCUGUCAGUGUUUCCGUUUAGCUGUAGAUAAAACGUUUCUCUCAGGCUCUGUGGUUAGCUUCUCUCAACCUCUUCUUUUUCUUGCUUCUUACGUUGGUCCAGCAUUCCACCAUCCUUCCAUUUCCCCACAUCUGCCUCAUUCAUCCCUGAUUGGACCUGAACAGCAAAGCACACAUACAGAUUUUCAGGUUUUUGUGACAAAAAUUAUCGUUUUGAAGACCAUCUCUUGUCCUUGUGGAAGGUAGCUUUAGCUAAAGGCCAGUUUAAGUAGUUUUCUUCGUUUUCUGUGUUAAAGUGAAGGUAGAGAAAUAGAGAAUCCUGUAUAGUAAAACCUCGGGGAGAUACAGAUCUACAACGUGGCCUUAUGAGCAUAAGAUGGGAUCAAAAGACUUCCUAAAAAUGUUGAAACCAUUGCCUCUUGUUGGGUUGGCGUUUUCAAAACUAGAUCAUGAAAUAAAUCAGAGUAGCCUUUCUGAACAUUGAAACUUGUUAAAGUCAUGGAGAUGUCCCCAUUAGGAUUUUUUGUGGUAAAGAUUCAAGUCAUGUGCAAAUACAGAAUCCCGACCAGUUAAUUCAUAAAAACCAACCAUGAAUAUGCUUGAAAGCCCAGUAGCUUUAAAUUAUAGUACAAUAACAUUUCAUCAGUGGUACAUCCCUCCAAACGCACUCACCAAUGAGGGUUGGCUGCAGUACCAGGUUCUGGGGACAGCAGUGGAUAUUUUGCUAAUGCAUAUAUCGCUACAGUCUUAAAGAAACUCACUUCCUGCUCCUGCUGAUGCUGUUGUUCAUUUCCAAGCAGAAGUUUGCUGAAGCGCUUUGCACACUUUAGCGUCUUUUCUUCCUGUUUCGAUAUGACUUGUUGAUAGUUAAGCGAGUCGUGUAUUUCAGCGGGGGGUUGAUCUCCUGCUUCAGGAACUUCACGCUUUUGUUUUGAACGUCAUAACAUUUCGGCUGCUUUCUGCACAGCUUCCCCCAAAACUCCUUAGAUCAACACAAAACAGUUUUAAGCCAUGCUCACAAGAAGUUAGUUUACUGGCUACCUCUUAGCACAACGGAGAUAAAAUCACAGACGGUCAACAAAGAACAGGUUUCAGGAGUUUAGUUUGGUCAGGGACAUGCCUUUGAUUUAGAAAUGUCUUUAUUGGGAUCCAUACCUGAUAUCUGGUGUUACAUUGGGACAACCUUAGUUGUUGUCCUUCUAAUAGCUCCAGUAUUGAGGAUUAAACAAACCUGCAUUUAGGUGGGAAUGUCUUGGCUUGUUAUCCUGGAAUGAGCCAGAAGGUUUUCAGCUGUCUACCAGCUUCUGUUCAGGGCUUCUUCAAAGAUGUCAUUCAGCAUGAUGGAUUCAGACGGUAGCAAGUAAAUCAGGUUGUGACCAGAAGUUCAGUUUAUUCCGAGGAAGACCUCGACCCUGGGCAAGCAGUGGAAGGUCUUCAUGAAUUCCCAAACAUAAAGGUUCUCUACCAUAAAAUCUUCUCUUUUUUUACUCCACACUGGAUGCUUUGUGAAAACCAGGAUGUGGAUGGUCUCUGGUGAGAAUGCGUCAAGCUAAUUCUCCAGGCCUUACUGACGCAGUUUGUUUUUCCUCGACUCCAGCAGUUUCUCAACAAAUGAAUGACAGAAUUAGCCUUUUAUGUUAAAGGCAGGUGAUUGUGGUCUUAGACCUGUUUUCAGUCUUGUUUGAGCAGAAUUCGUGUAACUGCCAGUAGUUGUUGCAGCUUUAUUGUGUAGGAUUGAAUUUUGGACAUACUUGGACAGUUUCCCAGCACCUGCCUGCUCCAAAUAGGGUCAGUCCCGGCAGCAGUGAGGUUACCUUUCUGGACUCUUAAAGCCGCUGCUGUAUCUAUGCGUUGUUGUAGCAUGAGUCCGAUACAGAGGAAAAUGAACUUUGAUGUCAAAUCCAAACAUCUGAUUGUAGCGGACAUUCAAAGAGCAGGGUCCUCUCUGGUGAGCACCCGCUCAGUGAGUGCAUGGUGUCGUCUUUCUCAGUGUUUGUGUCCUCAAAGCAUGACGGUGGUGGUGACCUCUCUCCUCUUGUUGUCCACUGAUUGAGUGAUUGAUCAGACUUGACCAAUCACUGGCCGUCCAGGAACCGUUCGGCCUGAAACUAACAAAUGUUUUGGACUGUUGAUGAAUAAGCCAGUACAACUAAAAAGCAUUGCCAAAUUUUUCUUGAAUUCUCCCAAAGAGCUGGCAUUAUUUUCACCUGCAGCAUACGUCUUCUGUGGUUAAUGCAUUCACUCCCGGGCGACGUUUGCACCAGAACCAGAACCCACCACCUGAAAGGAACUGAACAAAGAGAGGGAGAGAUGUCUUGAUUGAUGUCCUUGUUUUGUCAGUGAGUUUGUGUGUUCAGUCAAAGAUCUUUUUGUGCACGCUCAGAUUUAUUUUUUUUUUUGUUUGUUUUUUACAUCGAUGUAUUUUGGUAAACAAAAGAAACCCCUCGGAUUGCUGCCCCACUAUUCUGUAUAUAAAGAAACGCACAUGCAGCACGCAGCUUAAAGAUGUACCCUCAUAAUCCGCAUUAUUUUCAUUUACCCAUUUUUAUUUUUCUGUACAUGAAGAUAUUAGCGUCAUAGGCAGCAUGUAGGUUGAAUUCCUACCAUGGUGGGGGUGGGCUGAAGCAGACUGACGGAGCAGAUCUGGUGGGCUGCAAACCCUCGCCAUACAUCAGGAUCAGCCGUGACUUCUCAGCGAUGCCAAAUGUUAAUCUCUCUUUCUCUUCUGUCUCUUCCCCAUCUCUUUGUACAUUGUUUUCUAUUUAUUUAAAGCAGAAAUAUAUGGAGUGUACCGAGCAUGGAAAGGCAAAUAAAUGUUAGUUGAUUGAAAAAAGAAAAAUUAUGGGCUUUUAUUUUACAGCAGUAUAUUUGUUUAUUCUAGGGAUUUCUUUCUUCUAUCUUUUUUCUUUUUUUGGAAGAAAUAAAAAGUCAUUUUCCAUUCCUAAA